AUGACUUCUGCUGAUGGAAGUGAGCCUACAAAGAGACUUGAAGGGAAAAUUCUAGCCAACAUAGUAUGUUGGAUUCUGGGAUUUGGAUCCCUUAUCUCCUGGAACAGUAUGCUGACAAUAGGAGAUUACUACUACGCAUUGUUCCCGGAAUACCACCCUUCAAGGGUACUUACCUUUGUUUAUCAACUCUUUGCUCUGGGAACGAUGGCAAUACUAGCGUACUAUGAGUCUAGGCUCAACACCAGAAAGCGGAACAUAGCCGCAUACACAAUCUUUACCAUAAGUACUUUCUUGCUUAUAUCUUUGGAUUUAGCAACAUCAGGAAAGGAUGGAGUAGGACCUUUUGUUGGUAUAUGCGCAAUUGUUGCUUGUUUUGGGCUUUCAGAUGCCCUUGUCCAAGGUGGAAUGGUUGGAGAUCUAUGUUUCAUGCUCCCUGAAUUCAUCCAGUCCUACUAUGCUGGUUUGGCCGCAUCAGGAGCAGUGACUUCUGUUUUGAGGCUAAUCACAAAAGCAGCCUUUGACAAAGUCGAACAUGGUCUUCGCAAGGGAACCAUGUUGUUUCUGGCGAUCUCAGCAUUCUGUGAGUUUAUAUGCAUUCUGCUAUAUGCGUUUGUCUUCCCUAAACUAGCGAUAGUGAAGUACUAUCGAGCAAAGGCAGCCUCGGAAGGAUCAAAAACUGUUUCAGCUGAUCUGGCCGCUGCUGGCAUCCAGACACAGCAAAACGAAGCCGAAGAUAGAUUAAGCAACAAACAAUUGUUGUUUCAGAACAUAGAUUAUGCACUUGACCUUUUUCUCAUAUAUCUGCUGACAUUAUCAAUAUUCCCGGGUUUCUUAUAUGAAAACACUGGAGAACACAAGUUGGGUGCGUGGUAUUCACUGGUUCUAAUUACACUGUACAAUGCGGGGAAUCUGAUUGGAAGAUACGUUCCUCUCCUCAAAUGCAUCAAGAUAGAGUCCAGAAAAAGACUUAUGAUUGUAAUUUUGUCACGUUUCCUAUUCAUUCCUGCAUUUUAUUUCACCUCAAAACAUGGUGAUCAGGGUUGGAUGAUAUUUCUCGUCUCCUUAUUGGGAUUGACUAAUGGUUAUCUAACCGUGUGCGUCUUUACAGUGGCACCUAAAGGGUACAAGGGACCUGAGCAGAAUGCUUUGGGUAAUUUGCUGGUACUAUUUAUACUAGGUGGCAUAUUUGCUGGGGUUUCUCUUGAUUGGUUGUGGCUCAUUGGCAAGAAGAAUGCCUUCUAA